AUGGCUUCCGCGCAGGAGCCCAUGCCAAUUCGCCAGAGGCGUCCCUCUACAAGCGCCCCGAUUGUCGACAUCCAGGGUGCUGUCGGCCCCGCGGGCAUCUCUCGCCCCAAACACACCAGAACCGCCACCGGCUUCGGCCCGAGCGAGAUCACCAGCGUUGAAGCUUCCAUCCCCGAACCCCAGCGCGAGGCAUGGAAGAAAAACCAAACUGGUGGCUUCAGGAGCCAGGACGACUUUGAGAAGGAGGUUGUCCGUCAUGUUGAAACCACGCUCGCUCGAAGCGUCUUCAAUUGCGACGAGAACGCCGCCUAUUCGGCCACUAGCUUGGCCUUCCGUGAUCGUCUGAUCUUGGACUGGAACAAAACCCAGCAGCGUCAGACUUACCGCGACUCCAAGCGCGUCUACUACCUCAGUCUUGAGUUUUUGAUGGGCCGCGCCUUGGACAAUGCCAUGCUCAAUGUUGGACAAAAGGACACGGCCAAGGCUGGUCUCGCUGAUCUCGGAUUCCGCAUCGAAGACAUCAUUGGACAAGAACACGAUGCCGCCCUGGGCAAUGGCGGCCUCGGUCGUCUCGCAGCCUGCUUCCUCGACAGCCUGGCUUCUCUCGACUACCCCGCCUGGGGCUACGGUCUUCGAUAUCGAUACGGAAUCUUCAAGCAGGAGAUCAUCGACGGAUACCAGGUCGAAGUCCCCGACUACUGGCUUGACUUCAACCCUUGGGAGUUUCCUAGACACGAUGUGACGGUCGAUAUUCAAUUCUUUGGAAAUGUUUCCAAGUCCAUCAACGACGAGGGCAAGACCAUUACGAAGUGGGAGGGAGGCGAAAUCGUCCAGGCUGUGGCUUUCGAUGUGCCUAUUCCUGGCUACGACACGCCUACGACCAACAACCUCCGACUCUGGUCCAGUAAGGCCUCUGGCGGAGAGUUCGACUUCCAAAAGUUCAACAGCGGAGACUACGAGAGCUCGGUCGCUGACCAGCAGCGAGCUGAGACUAUCAGCGCUGUCUUGUACCCCAACGACAACCUGGAGCGCGGCAAGGAGCUCCGUCUGAAGCAGCAGUACUUCUGGGUAGCUGCCUCUCUUUACGACAUUGUCCGUCGUUUCAAGAAGUCCCACCGUCCUUGGGUCGAGUUCCCCGACCAGGUAGCUAUCCAGCUAAACGACACGCAUCCCACCCUUGCUAUUGUGGAGUUGCAGCGCAUCCUCUUGGACAUUGAGGGCUUGGAGUGGGAUUUGGCUUGGGACAUUGUCACAAGAACUUUUGGCUACACCAACCACACCGUCCUUCCGGAGGCUCUGGAGAAGUGGCCCGUUGGUCUGAUGCAACACCUCCUCCCCAGACAUCUGCAAAUUAUCUAUGAAAUCAAUCUCUACUUCCUCCAGGCGGUGGAGAAGGCGUUCCCCAAGGACCGAGACAUGCUCCGGCGAGUUUCCAUCAUUGAGGAAUCCCAGCCCAAGAUGGUAAGGAUGGCUUUCUUGGCCAUUGUCGGAUCUCACAAGGUCAACGGUGUCGCUGAGUUGCACUCGGACCUCAUCAAGACAACCAUCUUCAAAGACUUUGUGGAGAUUUACGGCCCUGACAAGUUCGCCAACGUGACCAACGGCAUCACUCCCCGUCGUUGGCUUCACCAGGCCAACCCCCGACUGUCGGAGCUCAUUGCAUCCAAGGUUGGCGGCCAUGAAUUCCUCAAGGAUCUUACUCUGUUGAACCGCAUCGAGCAAUAUGCAGAAGAUAAGGACUUCCGCAAAGAGUGGUAUGAGAUCAAGUACGCCAACAAGGUCCGCCUUGCGAAGCUUAUCAAGGCCGCAAACGGUGUUACGGUAAACCCAGCUGCCCUUUUUGAUGUUCAGGUCAAACGUAUCCACGAGUACAAGCGUCAGCAACUCAACAUCUUUGGCGUCAUUCACCGUUACCUGACCCUCAAGGCCAUGAAGCCCGAGGAGAGGAAGAAGCAGCUCCCUCGCGUCUCCAUUUUCGGUGGCAAGGCUGCUCCAGGGUACUGGAUGGCAAAGCAGAUCAUUCACCUGAUCAACAGCGUCGGAGCAGUUGUGAACAAUGACGAGGACAUUGGUGACCUUCUCAAGGUCAUCUUCAUUGCCGAUUACAACGUGAGCAAGGCCGAAAUUAUCUGCCCGGCUUCUGAUCUCAGCGAACACAUCUCCACUGCGGGUACCGAGGCAUCGGGCACAAGCAACAUGAAGUUUGUCCUCAACGGAGGCCUCAUCAUUGGUACUUGUGAUGGUGCCAACAUUGAAAUCACUCGGGAAAUCGGCGAGAACAACAUCUUCCUUUUCGGUAACCUCGCCGAGGACGUCGAGGACCUACGUCACGCCCACAACUAUGGAGAUCACGCCAUUGACCCUGACCUGGAGAAGGUGUUUGUGGAGAUCGAGAAGGGGACAUUUGGCACGCCCGAUGACUUCAGCUCCAUGAUGGCUGCUGUUCGCCAGCACGGCGACUACUACCUGGUUUCGGAUGACUUCCACAGCUACAUCGAGACGCACCACCUCGUGGACGAGGCGUACCAAAACCAGGAGGAGUGGAUCAAGAAGUCUAUCAUCUCGGUGGCUCGCAUGGGCUUCUUCAGCAGUGAUCGUUGCAUCAAUGAGUACGCGGAUAUGAUUUGGAACGUCGAGCCGCUCGUCGUUCAUGACUAG